GGGCCCCGAAUAGCCGGGAGAUUACGGGGCCGGGACUAGCUGUCGCGCUGGUUGCUAGUGGAGAAGCGGGACCCGGAACAGACCGGCGCGAGAGAGGAGGGGCCCCGGCAGGGGUUCGCUGCCGGAGCUCGGGACCGGGUGAAGAAGUCCCCACCAGUGAACGAAGACCCCUCUGAACUAAGGGUACCAUGGCCACGUCAGCCCCACUACGGAGCCUGGAAGAGGAGGUGACCUGCUCUAUCUGUCUCGAUUACCUGCGGGACCCUGUGACCAUUGACUGUGGCCACGUCUUCUGCCGCAGCUGCACCACAGACGUCCGCCCCAUCUCAGGGAGCCGCCCCGUCUGCCCGCUCUGCAAGAAGCCUUUUAAGAAGGAGAACAUCCGACCCGUGUGGCAGCUGGCCAGCCUGGUGGAGAACAUCGAGCGGCUGAAGGUGGAUAAGGGCAGGCAGCCGGGAGAGGUGACCCGGGAGCAGCAGGAUGCGAAGCUAUGUGAGCGACACCGGGAGAAGCUGCACUACUACUGCGAGGACGAUGGGAAGCUGCUGUGUGUGAUGUGCCGCGAGUCCCGGGAGCACAGGCCCCACACGGCCGUCCUCAUGGAGAAGGCUGCCCAGCCCCACAGGGAAAAAAUCCUGAAUCACCUGAGUACCCUAAGGAGAGACAGAGACAAAAUUCAGGGCUUCCAGGCAAAGGGAGAAGGUGAUAUCCUGGCUGCACUGAAGAAGCUCCAGGACCAGAGGCAGUAUAUUGUAGCCGAGUUUGAGCAGGGUCAUCAGUUCCUGAGGGAGCGGGAGCAGCACCUGCUGGAACAGCUGGCGAAGCUGGAGCAGGAGCUCACGGAGGGCAGAGAGAAGUUCAAGAGCCGGGGCGUCGGGGAGCUCGCCCGGCUGGCCCUGGUUAUCUCCGAACUGGAGGGCAAGGCACAGCAGCCAGCUGCAGAGCUCAUGCAGGACACAAGAGACUUCCUAAACAGGUAUCCACGGAAGAAGUUCUGGGUUGGGAAACCCAUUGCUCGAGUGGUUAAAAAAAAGACCGGAGAAUUCUCAGAUAAACUCCUCUCUCUGCAGCGAGGCCUGAGGGAAUUCCAGGGGAAGCUGCUGAGAGACUUGGAAUAUAAGACAGUGAGCGUCACCCUGGACCCACAGUCGGCCAGUGGGUACCUGCAGCUGUCAGAGGACUGGAAGUGCGUGACCUACACCAGCCUAUACAAGUGUGCCUACCUGCACCCCCAGCAGUUUGACUGUGAGCCCGGGGUGCUGGGCAGCAAGGGCUUCACCUGGGGCAAGGUCUACUGGGAAGUGGAAGUGGAGAGAGAGGGCUGGUCUGAGGAUGAAGAAGAGGGGGAAGAGGAGGAAGAGGGAGAAGAGGAGGAGGAGGAAGAAGAGGCCGGCUAUGGGGAUGGAUAUGAUGACUGGGAAACGGAUGAGGAUGAGGAAUCAUUGGGUGAUGAAGAGGAAGAAGAGGAGGAUGAAGAGGAAGAAGUUCUUGAAAGCUGCAUGGUGGGGGUGGCCAGAGACUCUAUGAAGAGGAAGGGAGACCUCUCCCUGCGGCCAGAGGAUGGUGUGUGGGCGCUGCGCCUCUCCUCCUCCGGCAUCUGGGCCAACACCAGCCCUGAGGCUGAGCUUUUCCCGGCGCUACGGCCCCGGAGAGUGGGCAUUGCCCUGGAUUAUGAAGGGGGCACCGUGACUUUCACCAAUGCAGAGUCACAAGAACUCAUCUACACCUUCACCGCCACCUUCACCCGGCGCCUGGUUCCCUUCCUGUGGCUCAAGUGGCCAGGAACGCGUCUACUACUGAGACCCUGAACCCUGACAUCUGCCCCGGCCCCACACCCUUAGAUGCUUUACUUCUUUGGAAUUCCAGGACUCUCAAUGGGGGGAAGGGAUGCCUGGCCUGAGCACCUGGAGCAGGGGACCCCAUAUCCACUGCCAGCCACCACCCCAGUUGCUGUGGCCGAGAUCUCACUCAGUGCUAUUGCUCCAUCUACUGCCCUAAUUGGGCUCUUCUCCCACCUCCUGCUGGUUUUCCAUGGGAACUUCUAACUCUGGAGUCCAUGAGGGCUCCUUUCCUUUUUGACCAUGACCUUGGCCCCAGCUCAGCAUUCUGUGGAGUAAGGGCCUGAUGCAGCAUUUUCUUGCCCAGCGUGGCGAGACCUUGGAAAAAACAGUUGAUUACGCCUAAAUCAUUUUGCUCUCCUUAAACCCCAUAGGUUCCUCCUUGCUCAAAUCCACUCUACUGCCCACCUUCCCUACAUUUUAAACAGACCUACCCCACCCUAACUCAGAGUUAGGCAUUUUAAACAGAUAGUAGGCAUUUUAAACAGACCUACCCCACCCUAACUCAGAGUUAAGCAUACAUGGAAAUGCUGAAAAUAAUGAAAGUCCACUGAGGCUUCCUGGCCAUUUAAGGCCUGGAGUGCCAGUGCAUAUCAUCUCACGGGGUCCAGAGUCCAGGCUUCUCUGAAACCAGAGUGGAGCAUAUUUCCGUGGCCAAUGUGGUGGGAGUCCCUGGAGCUAUCUGUGGUCUUAGGGAAGGAUCCAGACAUAUGGCUCUGGGGUACCAGCUGUGGUCACUGAUCAAUAAAUUCUCUCUGGAUUGGUCCUUGUGAGGGGAGUUUUUAAAAGAACCCAGAACAUCCUGCUCUUGAUCAGCACAGCCAAAAACACCAAGACAAAUAUCCAGUGGAGCAGAGCCUCCCCUGCCUCGGGAGUUCUGACCAGGUUCCCCAGCAGGUGUUAAGCCUCUGUCUCUGGCCCUACUUAGCAUGCAGGUUCCACUUUCCUAGGAGAGAGUGGAGAUGGGAAGAUGGGGAAAGGAAGGCAGUGGGAGGCCACAAAGCCACUUGGUCUUUAUCUCAAGAGAGGAAGUAACGGGUCUCCUCAUUGCCCACGGACCCAGCAUCUGUCCACGCGCCCCUCAUGGCCACAGUUUAACACAAUCUCCCUGCUCCUGCCAAAUUGAUCUCCCAGUCUUGUCCUUACCCAUUCCAAGUGCUCUCCCAGCCCCUGCUCAUCCAAGUUUUAACUCCUCCACCCUGUUCUAAGACUGAUCCAACGGAUCUGGGUCUCAGUGGUCUCUUCACCACCAUUGUCUCAGAGCUGCCCACUUUGUGUGUGUCACAUGCUGCCUGAGUCACAUGUACAUCUUAUUUCUGCCUCUAGUUUUGUAAGCUGGAGGGCAUAUAACAUCUUAUACUUCUCUUGUAUUCUCAUGGCACCUAGUGCAGUGCUGGGCACAGAGCAGGUGCUCAAUAAAGACUUGUUGAAUGAA